UGUCUGGAGACGUUCAAGGUGCGGUGGUCUGGUCAGGUAAAGACCGAAGACAGAAGUCCUCAUACCGACAACAGACGAAACAGGGUCAGAGGUCCGAGUUCUGGCCAUUGAUUUGUGAGGAAAUUAAUCUUGACAUGUUCUGACCAGCAGGGGGCAGCAGCACCUGCAGGAGACACGCUCAGAGACGGGCAAGGAGGUGUAUUUCAGUAGGGGUGCAGCUGCAGAGGUCGCGGGGCCAUGGGCCUGUCGGAGCGAGCGUCGUCGUGGUCCGUGAGCGAGGUGCUGGAAUGGGCUCAGGACAAGCACCCGACACACAUGAGCACGCUCCACAAGGCCAUCAUCAAGCAUGAGAUAUCAGGCCGCGCCUUGCUGAGACUGAGGGAGCGUCACCUGGAGCUGCUCGGGGUGGAGGAUGAGCAGCAGCAGCAGGAGAUACUGCAGGACGUCCUGCUCCUCAGAGUUCAGGAGGAAAUCACUGAACUCAGCGACAUCUGCUCCGACUGUUUUUCUUCAUAAAGGAUGAUGGAGAGAAAAGAGAAAAACAAAAAACAAACAAACAUCAGAGCAAAGAAAAGCAAGCUGACUCUUUUUUUUUUCUUUUUUUAAUUUCCUAUCCAUCCAUUCGUCCGUGUGAAGGAGAGUGAAAGGUGGGAGUGAUGGAAAUAACAAAAGAAGGUGAAUAGGAAGAGGGAUCGAUGUGGAGUGCAGAGAGAAAGAAACCCAUUUCCUGUGUGAAAUCUGACCUGUACAGAUUGGUGAGAUUACUUUUUGUCUGGUUGUCUCUUUUUUUUUUGUUCUGAUCCCUGUUGUCCAUUAUUCUUUUUUUUUCCCCCUCCGUCUGUGCUGCAUCCAACAAUAACAGUAUCAUUUAUCCAAACAGCGUUUUGACAGAUUGAAUAAGGGAGACGGCUCCAGCAUUUGGACCGAUGGCAAGCUCGUCUCUAAGUCUCUCUUACGGUUGUUUCUGAGAACGGCAAAUAAUGAUCCCGUAUCCAUGAUCGCUAUUUUAGUCACAGAAGCCGCUCGGCUGAUGGAGCGCGAGCAACGGUCGGUCAGAGCAGCUCUCCGCUCCAGAUGGAAGUAAAUUGUUGGACGAAUUGCCAUUAGAUUUUUAUCUAGACGCAAGCAAGGCUUGAAGGACAGAACCUUAAAUUUUCAACGCCCCCCCCCCUCAGCUUCUGUUUUAUCUCAGCGCUAAGCUUCGUUUUAGUGUUUAUGAAUGUUUUUGUGCACAAAAAUCUGUUUUCUCCAAUUUUUGUUUGUUCUUUCGGCCUCAGUUCUGCCCUGUUGUUGCCGACUUAUCGCCAUGUCUCGUUAAUGAAGCCGAGGUUCAUAUUUCUUAAGCUCCUAACCCGUCUGUCAGCAAGAGCUGACGUCAGUAUUUGAAUGAUUCUUUUUCUCUCUUUCACACACUCCCUGAAGUUGAUUUUAAAACGCAGCUGUUGAUGCGUAUCGUCCUGUUUUUAGUUCAGAAGCCUGCCGUGAAAAAGGAAAUUCAGAGAAGAAGUACAGGAAGUCCUUUUCUCCUCUCACCGCUGCGAUUGUAACGAGUCUUGGUUGUUGAGCAUCAUGUGAAGUUGAAGUCUGUGACUGAUGUCUGUAAACACCUUUCAUUCAAGUGGUCUUCAAACUUUCGGGUUUCUAUUUUUUUUAAAUAUGCAAAGAUGUAUUCGUGUUUUCACGUUGGCCUCCUUUGAAUGUGCAUCACAUUUAUAUGAUAUGAAAGGUAAUGUGUUUGAAUGUUUCUAUUUGCUUUACCGCAGUCAGUUAAAAAACGGAACGUAAUCCAGACUGCCGCUUAAACAAUAAAUCAUGUCUUCUUGGCAAAGUGUAGUGGACCGUAAUCAGUCUUUUGUCUGUCAUGAAGCUGCCGCCUCCUGACUCAUAAAUAUCCAGAGUUGUCACUGUAAGUCUUCUUUUAUUUUGUGAGCGUGUGUGUCUGGAAACACCUCCAAUCACAGUGCAGGAUCUGCAGCUAAGACUAAAGGUCAUGAUAAUACAAACGUACUCAUUUCAGCUCGUGCAGACUAAAUCCAGAGUCGUACGGAGCGGGAGGUGAAGAUGGCAAAUGCUGGCUGCGAUAAACAAGAUAAAAGUGCAGCAGCCAAACGUCGUUGGUGGUUUGUCAACCUUAUGAUAAUCCAACGCAGCCGUCGUAUCAUCCCCUCAGUCCUGGAGAUAAAAGCCGUUGUUUUCUUUAUUCUCUGUUGCUGACACACUUGAAUAAAUGUAUCGCCUGGAGAAA